AGACAUGUCGCUCUUUAAUGCACCAUUCUUCAAAUUGACCGGGGAUGCGGUCACGGAUGGUACAUCCGCCGUCAACUACAUAUGUCCUUGACAUGAUUCAGUCCUCCUGGCUCAAAUAGUAGCUAUCACAGAUUGAUUGCAUGUUCAAAUAUGGAAGGGGCUUCCGCAGCAGCUAGCGUCUUUGGUGUCAUAUAACUCACCGGCAGCGUUGUGAAAAUAUGUGGUGGCUAUCUUCAAGAGAUGAAAUAUGCUCGAAUAAUAUCGUUGCUUUACAGCGAUUUAUUACGGGCCUUGAAGGGGCUGUUAAGAAACUCUUUGAGUUACUUCAUGGCCUCAUAUCACAAAGCUUCCCACUCCCUCGUUGCUAAUCAAUUAUGUCACCGACUCUUUCUGAACUCGGAGCCCUGGAAAAUCAAGAUUGAUCCUGGGAGAGAAAAGGGCAUGAUGAGAAGACUCGGACUUCCAGCACACAGAUGGCCUUUGAGACGCACAGAGGUGUACAGAAUCAUCCAUGUUCUCGGGAGGUGUAAACCAUCUUCAACUUGUCUUUGCAGAUCGACAAAAUACUCAUAUAUGGAUCAACAUGAGGAUGAAUCUCCUCCGGUACCCAAACAGAGCUCCCUCAUUAGACCACAAAAUUGGUCAUGUCACUACAAGGUAGAUGCAUAUAUUAGCUAAAUCCUGUGGCUGGGACAGGAGAAAUCGACUAUCUCCCGCAACAGUGGCAAAUCCUUGAAAGAGGCCAAGCUCUUAGAAGCAAGCUUCUUCUUCCCGAGGGGCGGGGGAUGCCGAGGUAGUAUCUGUCUCUGGAAUUUUAUCAUAGGGGCCUUGCAGUGAAUGCUUGGAGACUAUUUAGAAAUUAGGUUAAUUC